AUGGCAGCAGAACCCUCUCAGAAACCUGUCCCUCUUCACCCAGCAUACUCGGUCACGAACAUUCAAACAAAGAUUCGGACCCUCGACGGCUCCAAGGUGACCUAUUCAUCCUGGAUUAAACUCUUCAAGCUCCAUGCCGUGGCCUAUAAGGUCAGUGAUCAUCUUGAUGAAACCGAACCUCCACCUGAGACAUCAGCCGAUUAUGCAUCCUGGAAAGAAAUUGAUGCCCUGGUUUUGCAGUGGAUUUAUAGCACGAUAUCAGAUAAUCUUCUGGUUCGGGUCUUGGAAACCGACUCAACAGCACGGGAUGCUUGGGUCAAGAUUGAGAAGAUUUUCUUAAGCAACAAGAAAGCACGAGCGGCUGCCCUGGAAACAAAAUUUGUCAACCUUACACUGUCGGCAUGCUCUUCUCUUGACGAUUACUGCCAACAACUGCAAGAUCUUGCUAAUCAACUCGGAGACGUUGAUCAGCUCAACGCUGACUGGGAUCUAGCUCAAACUAUGCUCAAAGAUGAGGUCAUACGCCAAGCUGCUCGCCAAAGCCCUUCAUCGGUCCUUAUCACCCCUCAAGCCCAAAACACUCAACAACCGCCUUCCACCCAGCCACCACCUUCUCAACCUUCCCAGCACCCUAACUUGCCACCUUCAGGUUACCAACGAGGUCAAGGAAGGGGACGAAGGCAAGGUUACCGAGGUCGCGGAGGUCGCGGGCGUGGGGGUGAACGUUUUCAGCAGCCUAUCAACAGCCCUUGGUCUUACCAAACAGCAGGAUACCCUCAAUGGGCAUGGUGGAAUACGCCUCCCUGCCCGUACCCAACUUAG